AUGGAGCCAUUCCGGUAUGAACCCCUUGACCUGGGAAUAAGGUCAUUUCGACUUCUCAUCCUCUACCCCGGAGACGACGAAAUCCGAUGCGACAUCUUCCAAGCAGUUCUCGAGCCAGAUGACAUAAUUCCUUACGAAGCCCUCUCGUACGCAUGGGGUGGGAUCGACCGCACAGAAUCCAUCACUGCUAAUGGCAAACGGCUACCCGUCACAGAGAGAUUAUUCACAGCCUUGGUUCAUCUUCGCACACAACAAGCAAGGAUACUUUGGGUAGAUGCCAUCUGCAUUGAUCAAGACAACUUUGCUGAGCGAGGGCAUCAGGUGGGACAGAUGGCUGGGAUAUACAGACAAGCAGAGCAGGUCCUCAUUUGGUUAGGACCCGGAACACUUGACACAGCACUUCUGAUGGAGGACUUGGCGAUUCUCCAUGAAGUAUCAACACAGCAAAGGCGUCGGGAUGACACUGAUUGGGCAAGAGUCCGGUGGACAUGCCUACAGUUAGGCUACUCUGAUGCUCGCAAACUUUCGUGGACAUGCCUACAGUUAGGCUACUCUGAUGCUCGCAAACUUUCCUGCCAGAGCGGAUUGCAGCAGCUCUUACAACAAGCCUGGUUCACGAGAGUGUGGGUUAUACAAGAAGUAUCCUAUGCUCGAGCAGCUUCAAUUUGCUGCGGGUCUUCGUCGGUCCCGGCUCAUAUUUUCGUCAUUGCCACAGAGCUCAUCAACGUCGAGCUUGAUGAUCAGCGCCAGACUCUCAUGGAUCUCAUGCCGAGCCCAUCGAAUAAGAGACAUGGAUCUACGCGGAAAAAGAGCUUACAUACUCUGCUACAGAAGUUCCGCGCAAGCCAAGCGACAGACCCCCGCGAUAUGGUAUACGCGCUACUCGGCAUCGCCUCUGACGCGCAACAAGACAAUGGGCUGCUAGUGCCGGACUAUUUCAAGACUGAAGCAAUGCUCAUCAGAGACCUGGAGUCUUACCUCUUUUUUGGGCGCACGACUCGUCAAAGGAGACAUCAUACGCACAUGCGUUCGUUUCUGAAAGCACUACCAAAAUUGACGAACUCCACUUUCCAGGGACUCAUAAGUGCCGGCAAUCUAGAUUCAAUCCAGAAGCUGCUUGGUAGAGGACAAAGCUAUGAGACAACGGCGAUUGACAUCUGGAAUAUCGAGAGCACCAAGCUGAUUGAAGAUCCUAAUAAGAAAUUUUGCGACCUUCUUGACUUAUCGGCUCCGAAUUUCACCAUUAGUUCUGCGGGUAUCAUUGCGACUUUGGAUUGGUGCGAUGACAAGACAGUUUCUGAAAUCAUCCGCUACUACGUAGACAGGAUGGAGAUAUCCGCGGAGGUGGCGGAUUCUAUCCGUGCAAGAAAUGAUGCUUCACCGGUCAUCGACUACGUCACGAAGAACAGACUCGAGAUAAAGCCAGCGUCGAAAGCUUUUCACAGACUAUUGACUCUCGUGGACCCUCUCCAGAUUUCCCGGUUCUUCUUCCUCCCGCCGCGCCGCGAGUGCUGCAUCGACCGGGGGUUCGUGGAGGCGUUGCAGAUGAUUGGUACCCGUGGUAAAGACAACCUGGUGUCUAUAUUGAAUAACUGGGAGCCUGGGGCGGUGCACAUUGAAGCAGAUGGUCUACUCUCCAUACUUGCUUUCUACGACGCCGAGAUUGUAGCGCUACUUGGACGCCAACGAAUUGCCAGCAUCGAGCUGGUAUGGGUCGACAUGAAAUUGACAGUUCAAAUAGCCAAGAAGCUUGCAUACGAGUAUAUGGUGCUAUCACAAGACGUUUUGCCCAUCAUUCGGGAGAGGUUGCAGUUCAGAGGGAGUGUCGUUCUGAGCGUGAUUGAGCGUGGCAAUAACAGAAUAGAAAGUAACUCUAUCGAGUGGGAAGAGUUUCCAUGA